CGACCUUCAGUUAGAGGCCUCAAGGUUGUCGCCACUUACAAACCUAGAUUUUGACCAAGGAAUAUUUUCCAUAACGUUCACGCUUGUUAAAGCCUAGCCAUGUGUACAUUAGAAAACAUCUUUCCACCUCUUCCUAGAGUGGUCAGGGGUAAAUCUCUGAUAUUUGACGCAGAUCCCAAGGGUAAAAAGCUAAUAUAUGCAACUGGAAACAGUGUUGUAAUACGUUCCAUUGAGAAUCCAGCCGAAAAUGAUAUGUACACUCAGCAUUCUGCAGCAGUUAAUGUUGCGAAAUAUUCACCUAGUGGAUUUUACAUAGCAUCAGCUGACAAUAAUGGAAAGGUGCGCAUUUGGGAUACAGUUAACCAGGAGCAUGUGUUGAAGCAUGAAUAUCAACCGUUCAAUGGGCAAAUAAAUGACUUAGCAUGGACUUCGGAUAAUGCUCGUAUUCUAGUUGGAGGCAAAGGCGCUUCAAAAUUUGGCGCAGUUUUCAUUGUUGAGAGUGGUUCAUCUGUAGGUUCUAUUACUGGUAUGAGUAGAAGUGUUAAUUCUGUGGAUUUUCGACCUACGCGACCUUAUCGUGCAAUCACAGGAAACGAUGAGGGCUUAGUCACCUUCUUUGAAGGUCCUCCAUUCACAUUCAAAAAUUCUCUUCAAAACCAUAAAGGAUUUGUCAAUGUAGUGCGGUAUGCAUGGGAUGGAUCAUUUUUUGUUUCUGGUGGUGCAGAUGGAAAGCUGUUUACUUAUGAUGGUGAAACGGGUGAGACAUUGGGUGAGGUGGAAAGCCCUGCUCAUGAUGGUGGAAUUUAUGCUAUAUCUUUUUCUCGCGACGCCCCACUAUGCGUCACAGUAUCUGCAGACAAAUCCAUGAAGUUAUGGCAUGUCGAAAAUAAAUGUCUUACUAGCCUUGCAAAGUAUUCAUUUGAAAAUGUGUUGACGAAUAUGCUACUCGGUUGUACUUGGGUAGGCCAAAAAGUUGCUACUGUCUCAUUAGGCGGCUCUAUUCACAUAUUUGAUGUUCCACUAGAUUCAAAGUCUCUCAGUCCCCCCGUACUUUCAAUACAUGGACAUAAACUUCAUAUCACUUGUGCAAAAUUUAGUACAGUAUGUAAUCGUCUGAUAACUGCAAGUUCUGACGGGUCAAUGGCUUCUUGGGAUUUAACAAGUGGUUUAGCUGAAAUGUUUACGGGUAGUGAAGCACACACUUCUCAAGUACAGUCAAUGUCUCUCAUAGAAAAGUGCGUAAUCACUGUUGGCAUCGAUGAUCGUUGUGUUGCUAGUUCAAUAAGCGAACUAAAGCAUGUGACAUCAAUUAAACUUCCAUCUCAACCACGUUGUGUACAAACUAUGGCAUCAACACAUUCAUUGAUUAUCGUUUCUUGUAUGGAGCAUAUGGUUUUACUAGAGUUUCGAAACAAUUCAUUAAUUAUAUUAGAUCAAUUGGAAGUUUCAUUAGGCUUGUCUACAAUGAGUCUUUCAAAAGAGUUGUCCCUAGCUGUUGUUGGAUCACAGACUCAAGGCAAUAUAUCCUUCCAGAUAUCAAAUCAAAAGUUGAAACGCUUAAAUCUUGUAAAUGCUACUUAUGAAAAUCCCGAAGUUAUUGAUUUGUCACCGAAUGGUGAAAUAUUGGCUAUCGCAAAACCUGAUCGUUCAGUUAAUUUGUUCUCUGUCACUUUUGAUGGAGAUCAGCAUGAUCUUCCAACACUUAAAUCUGCUCUUUCUGAAUGGUGGUUAAAACACUCAGCUAGAAUAACUUGCAUCAGCUGGAGUCCAAAUGGUCGUCGCUUAGCAACUGGAAGUAUUGAUAGUUCUAUUGUUAUUUGGUCGCUGGAUGAACCGAAAAAGUCUGUACAAUUAGCAGGGGCUCAUCCGAUGAGUAGUAGCACUGCAUUGUGUUGGAUAAGCGAUAAUCGUUUAUUGAGUUGUGCGCAUGAUGGAAGUAUUCGUAUAUGGCGUUUAUAAAGUGUCCUUAUCUGCUACGAUCAAAGAUCAUCAUUGGAAAGAAGAGUGUAUACAAUUGUGCUUCUUAGAAAAUUUCGUUUACAUUUAUUUCUUGUGCUUGCUUUUGUACCCACAGUCAAGUGACCCCAAUGCUGAUGCAAUCGUCUCUCUUUAUGCCCGUUGAAUUUUCCGCCUUAUGAAACUCCAAUAACAGCUUUACUUUUACUAUGCCAGCUUUUUAUUCCCUGAUGUGAAAAAUUAAAUUACGCGUUAUUUGAAUAAAUCAUCCAAUUAAGCGUUUUGUUAUUGACCACUAAGCACUUAUUA